AUGCACUUCUCAGCUAUCAUCGCCAACAGUCUUUUCGUCGCUGGUGCUGUUGGGUACAGAGGCCGUAAAGUUCGUCGUGAUGUCAAGCCUGGCGGACCUACCGACCCAGGUAUCCCAUCUGACUGCACCUACUACGACACAUGGACCGACGAGACCGCCGAUUGCAAGCCUUGGGUAGAACCUUGGGGUAUCACUCUGAAGCAAUUCGUACAAUAUAACCCGACCGUCAAGAAUGACUGCUCCGGUCUACAGGUCGGCCAUGCCUACUGUGUCGAGGUGAACUUUGGAUCGCCGCCCGAAGACAACCCCCCUAAGAUCACAACGACCGAGAACGCCGAACCCGAGCCUACGAAAGAUCUCAAGCCCAGUCCUACCCAAGACGGGCUGAUCGAGAGUUGCACAUCCUUCUACAUGGCUAAGAAGGGCGACACCUGUAACAAGAUCAUCGCCCAGUACAAGACCUUUGACUUCGAUGACUUCUUCAAGUGGAACCCAGCCGUUGACAAGGACUGCAGCGGUAUCUGGGCCAACACCUGGUAUUGCGUUGGUGUUCCCGGAACGCCAACAAGCCCUCCGUCAAAGACGAUUCUGACUACAACCAAGCCCACAGGCGUGCCCAAGCCAACUCAGACACAAGGGGGACUCAUCGAAAGCUGUUCAUCAUUUCACAUGGCUGCCAAGGGCGACACUUGCGCGAAGAUCGUGUCCAAGUUCGGUACCUUUGACUUUGACACUUUCUACAAGUGGAACCCCGCGGUUGGCAAGGAUUGCAGUGGCAUCUGGGCAAGUUACUACUACUGUGUUGGCGUUCCUGGUACCCCCACCGCUAAGCCUUCGGCCACUUCGCCGAAGCCCACAGCGGCUGGUGGCAUUGAGACUCCGUCUCCCAUCCAAGAGGGGUUGGUGAAGAACUGCAACAAGUUUCACCAGAUUGCAUCGACCACUACUUGCUCGUCCAUCGAGUCAUACUACAAGCUGCCACUUGCCCAGUUCCUUGCAUGGAAUCCCGCUGUUGGCAAAGACUGCAGUUCUCUCUGGAAGGGCUACUGGGUCUGCGUCAGCGUUGAAGGCUACAAGCCAACCACCACAACAACCGCCAAACCCACUACUACCAAGCCUGCGAAUGGCAUCGCAACGCCUUCACCAAUUCAAGAUGGCAUGGUCAAAAACUGUGAGAAGUUCCACCAGAUCAAGUCCACCACUACCUGUACCUCCAUCGAGAACUACUACAACCUCCCGCUCUCAACCUUCCUCUCAUGGAACCCCGCCGUCGGUAAAGACUGCACUUCGCUUCUUGUCAACUACUGGGUCUGUGUUGCGACUGUCGGCUGGAAGCCCCCAACCAAGACCACUACGAAAGCUGCCACGACAACCAAGGGCUCUUCCAAUGGUAUCAAGACGCCUCCACCUGUGCAGGCUGGCAUGGUCAGCAACUGCAACAAGUUUCACAUGUUGAAGAAGACUACAACUUGUGCUUCCAUUCAGGACUAUUACAAGAUUUCUUUGGCAGACUUCGUCAAAUGGAAUCCUGCUCUUGGUAAGGACUGUAAGGGACUGUGGGCUGACUACAACGUCUGCGUUGGGGUUAUUGGUGGAACACCGACCAAGCCAGGUAAUGGGGUCGAGACGCCUUCACCGAUCCAGACUGGAUUGAUCAGCAAUUGCAAGAAGUUUCACCAGGUCCAGUCUACAACAACUUGCGCAUCUAUUCAGAAGUACUACAGUAUUUCUCUUGCGCAGCUGGUGAAAUGGAAUCCGGCAAUUGGAUCUAAAUGCACAGCCCUCUGGGCCAAGUAUUGGGUUUGUGUUGGUGUAUGA